GCUAUGCUGCUUCAUUCACAGUGAAGCUCUCUGCUCAACGAGUACAAUCCCGCGAAUUUUCGUUCAUUUCAUUAGUUUCAGACAGCGACUAUUGGUGUAAACGCAUGAAAAUGCAACGUUUUGCUGCGGCAUUCAAGCUGUUCCGGCGGGAAGCACACACCAUCCCAAAGCAUCUCGAAGCUAUACCCAACGAGCGCGAUCCACCGUUUUCGAAGAUGGUCGAAUAUUGCUUUCACAAGGCAUGUAUCGUUCUCGAGCCACAGCUGAUUGAAUCGAUGAACAAGUAUCCCUCGAUGAGUGCGGACAAGCGCAUCAACAGAGUGCAGGCAAUUUUGAAAAUCAUCUCUAACAAUUCCAGCACACUCGAGUUUCAGUUUCCUUUCGUGCGCGACGACGGUAGCUAUGAGAUGGUGACAGCAUUCCGAGCCCAUCACUGUCUCCAUCGUCUUCCGGUAAAAGGGGGCAUUCGAUACUCGCUGGAUGUGUGCAAAGAUGAAGUCGAAGCACUUUCCGCCCUAAUGACCUUCAAGUGCGCCUGCGUAAAUGUACCGUUUGGGGGAGCUAAGGGUGGAAUCAUAAUUGACCCCGCUAAGUACAGUGAAAAAGAGUUACAAAGCAUCACCAGGCGCUACACGGUGGAGUUGGCGAAAAAGAACUUUAUCGGUCCAGGUAUUGAUGUGCCAGCUCCGGAUAUGGGUACUACGUCACGCGAAAUGUCCUGGAUAGCCGAUCAGUAUGGGAAAACGUUUGGACACCGAGACAUCAACACGAUGGCCGUUGUGACCGGCAAACCGUUGAAUCAAGGUGGUGUUCGAGGCCGCACAGAAGCAACCGGUAAAGGGGUGUACAUUGCGACCAAUUGUUUCACGCGUGAAGCCAGUUGGAUGCGUGAGAUCGGUCUCGAGCCCGGACUGGAAGGGAAGUCGGUCAUUGUACAAGGUUUCGGAAACGUCGGCCAGUACGCUGCCGAACAUUUCCAUAAGGCGGGCUGCAAAGUGAUUGGUAUUAUCGAAAAGGAUGUUUCGUUGCACUGCAAAUCCGGUAUCGACAUAAAAGCGCUCAGUCGGUACAAGACCCAACAGAAGACGAUCAAAGGAUACCCGAAGGCAAACGAAUUUAAUGGCGAUUUGCUGCUGGAAGAGUGCGAUAUCCUCAUACCGGCUGCGAUGGAAAAAUCUAUCACCACCGAAAAUGCCAAAAACAUUAAGGCAAAAAUCAUAGCCGAGGGAGCCAACGGUCCCACGACUCCUGCUGCUGAUAAGAUUCUACAGGAUCGCCGCAUUCUCGUCAUUCCUGAUCUCUACUGCAAUGCCGGAGGUGUAACGGCGUCUUAUUUUGAAUAUCUGAAAAACAUUAAUCACAUCUCAUUCGGGAAGCUAUCGUUUCGCCACGAGGCUCAAAAUUUGCGAGAAGUGCUCGCUUCUGUGCAGGAGUCUUUGCGCAGUGCCGGAGUCUGCGUUACUGUAACACCAACCAAGCCCCUCAAACAUUAUUUUGAACAUGCCAGUGAGGCAGAUGUGGUAACUUCCGGUCUGCAAUUUGUAUUAGAAACGGCUGGCAAAGGCAUUAUGAAUGUAGCCUCGCAGCACCAACUAUGUUUAGACAUUCGAACAGCGGCCUAUAUCUGGUCGGUGGAGAAAAUUUUCAAAUCCUACGAAGAAGCGGGACUUUCCAUGUGAACAUCUAUGCAUUUUGUCUAAUUUCACGCAAUAAUUCAAAAUUUAAUCGUUAAUGGUUGUUUUCUAAUUUGUUUCUAAUAACGUGAUCAAGUACAAGAUUAAGUUCACCUACCUCCAAAAGAGUCAAUCGGUUAUAAAGAACAGAUUCUGGCAAGUUAAUUUUUUCGUCCAAAAAUACAUUUCUACGACACGAUCUCGUUAGCACAUAUAAGGAA